AUGGGAGCCGAUCUUUCAUAUCCACAAGUUGUGAUAUCACCUGAACGAACAUAUAUAGUCACAGGUGGAAAUACAGGUAUUGGAUUUUGCAUUGCUAAAGAAAUUGCUAAAAUGGGCGGUCGUGUUAUUAUUGCCUGUAGGAAUAUGAGCAAAGCUGAAGCGAUGCAGGAAGAAUACGAGAAAGAAUUGAAAGAAAAACAAGAAAAUGUUCAGGAAACAAACAGAACAGAACCAAAACUAUUGAAUGUUGAAAUGAUGGAAUUAGAUUUAGCAUCUUUUGAUAAAACAAUGAAAUUUAUAGAAGAAUUUAAAACCAGAAACUGUCCUUUACAUGUUCUGAUUUGUAAUGCAGGAGUGGUUACUGCCAGUAAAGAAAUGACAGAUGAUGGAUAUGAAAUGAUGUUACAGUCCAACUAUUUGUCGCAUCUUCUGAUUACUCUACAUUUUCUACCAAUUCUACAAAAAUCUGGUGACGAUGCUAGAAUCGUCAAUGUGUCUUCAGACGCUUAUUAUAUGGGAACAUUUGACCCUACAAAUUUAAAUUGUGAACGUUCUUUCGGUAAAGUGGGUAUCUACGGGAAUUCAAAACUAUUUCAGAUUAUGUCUACAUUGUGGUUGAGUCGACAUUUAAAAUACCCCACUGUAUCAAUCACUUCCUGUUAUCCGGGUAUUGUUAACACUCGACUGUUAUAUGCCACGGCAAUAGGUCGUCUGCUAAGUAAUUUUUAUCCUAGAACUCCACUAGAUGGGGCUGCAACUAUUAUCAAGGCUGCUACAGACCCCGAGUUUAAAGGUGUAACUGGUGUAUAUAUAAAAGAUUGUAAAACAACCUCAACUACAUCUUAUGCAAAGAGAGUUGAUAUCCAGAAUCAGCUGAUAGAUUACAGUUUACAAUCAAUGUCUAAAUAUUUACCAACAGAUCUAAAAGAUUGCAUAGAUUACGAAGAUCAGGGUUCUACAUAAUAUACAAUUUUGGAUCAUGAACAAAAUAAAUUUUCCGACAAAAGACUUUCGGGAAAAGAUACACCUAUUCACAUAAUAAUCGUAACAGAAAAAAAACAAUAGCUAUUAAAUGGUAUAUUCAUAUUAUAUCCUGAAAAGAGUUCAUGUACGAAAUUUGGCUAUGUUUUUCUCAGGAAAGCUGGUAUUCCGAAUAAACUGAAGGAUUACAUUUAACUAAAAUUGUCUAAAUAUUUACUACAAGAUCUAACCACUAUAUACUUUAGAUUGUCAAAAGAAAGGUUCUACAUAAUAUACAGUUGCGACGACCCCGCCCAUUCAUUUAUUUUGAAGAGGCGGGGGGGGGGGGGAUAUCCAAUCAAAGAUUGAAAUUAAACCAAGUUUUUUUUUAAAUUUUAACAUUUUCAUGUUAACGUUGUUGUAUAAACUUCGUUUCAAUAAACAGUUUAUAUAUCUGUUUUUGUAUAUCCAAAAUGUCUUCUGAGUACUACGCUAUAUACUUGAGUAAUGGGAGCAUGCAAUCAGCGAGUUGGUCUCCGGCAUCCCCAAACCUCUGCACGUCACUUCUUUCCGGUAAAGAUGGAAUAUGUGCAAUUAAUUAAAAAUCAUUAUUAAUGUAACAAUAGCCAUUUAGAGGUACUAAUAUCUAACUAUAUAGAUGAAUCCAUUCUGAUUAAAGAUAUUAUACAAUUUCAUUAUGUGAGUUUAUAUUGUGAUAAA